AUGCGCUAUACACUGUGCGGUAUCAAAUACACAAUGGAUUUCGGUUGCUACGACAAGGACUCUGGUGAAGUGGAGUGCUACCUCGAAAUACCGAAUCCUGAAGCAGUGGGAUGCGUUGAGAGAUUUGCCACAUUCCUCUCGUUUCUUCUCGUCAUCGUCACCUUCCCGUUUUCACUUUUCGAAUGCUUUAAGGUUGUCCAAGAGUUUGAACGAGCUGUAAUAUUCAGACUGGGGCGAUUACGAAAAGGCGGGGCAAGAGGACCCGGUCUGUUCUUCGUAUUACCUUGUGUCGAUACCUACAGAAAAGUCGAUCUCAGAACUGUCUCUUUCGAUGUUCCACCUCAAGAGGUACUGACAAGAGAUUCCGUGACGGUGGCAGUUGAUGCAGUCGUUUAUUACAGGAUCAAAGAACCAUUAAACGCUGUGGUUCGAGUUGCAGAUUACAGUGCUUCGACUCGUCUUCUAGCCGCAACAACGCUGCGUAAUGUCCUGGGGAUGAGAGAUCUAGCACAAUUAUUAUCAGAUCGCGAAGCCAUCAGCCACAUGAUGCAAGCGAACCUGGAUGAGGCCACUGAUCCCUGGGGUGUUGAAGUGGAAAGAGUUGAAAUCAAGGAUGUGAGACUACCCGUGCAGCUGCAGAGAGCGAUGGCUGCUGAAGCUGAAGCUGAUAGAGAAGCCAGAGCAAAAAUUAUUGCCGCUGAAGGUGAAAUCAAGGCGUCAAAAGCGCUAAGAGAAGCGUCACUUGUUAUGAUCGACAACCCUAUGGCACUACAACUAAGGUACCUGCAGUCACUUAACACAAUAUCAGCUGAGAAGAAUUCGACGAUAAUUUUCCCUUUCCCUAUGGAUUUCUUGAGGACGUUUUUGGGUGGUGCGGCUCCGAGCAUGUCGCAUUCAUUACCUAUUUAA